AUGAAACCUUUUCUACCUAAUAUUAUGGAUGUAAAUUUGCAUAAAAAAACUGAAAAAGCUCGAAAAAUUCUUAAGCUAUUUGGUAAAGGAGGAGUAGGUAUAAAUAAAAUUAAUUAUAUUACAUAUAGUGCAAAUACUAUUUUGAAAUUGAAAGAUACUCAAAUUCAAUAUAUCAUAAAUCAGGUGGUAUCAAAAACUGUGACAAAAUGUUACAAUCAGAAUAAUUCUAAAAGCAAUGGCUCUUUGAGCCUACCAAACAAUCCUGAAGAAAAACAGCAACAUGUUAUUAAAGUAGUAUUAGAGUGA